CUUCAUGAUUGUCAUCAAGCAUCGACACGUACACUUGAAUGAGUACAAUCUGGGUGUCGCUCAGUCGCCCACUUGACUAACGGCGAAGCGAUCGAUCGAGGAGAGAUCGAAAUGCCCCCAUCGAAAUCAUUCAAAGAGAGACGUACGUUCGUUGCGAGAAAGCAAGACGUCGAGGAGAUACGAAGAAAGUUUCCGAGCAAAGUACCGGUCAUUGUUGAACGUUACUGCAACGAGAAGUACCUUCCGAGUCUCGACAAGACAAAGUUUCUCGUGCCCGAAGACAUAACGAUCAGCCAAUUCAUCAGCAUUCUAAGAAAACGAUUGGUAUUGAGACCAUCUCAAGCAUUUUACUUGCUGGUGGAUCAGAAGAACAUUGCCAGUGCCUCGACUUCUCUCCACGACAUCUACAGAGACAGCAAAGAUGAGGAUGGCUUCUUGUAUAUGGUUUAUGCAUCACAAGAGAUGUUUGGAGGCCGAUAUGCGUACUAUGUCAGCUAAACAAUUGACAGUAUGAAUUUUGUUGUACAGAGCUGGACUGACAAGAUCGACAUUUGAUUUCCGUUUUACCUCAUUUUUCUUGAUGUUGGUCGACACAGAUGCAUGAUGUGUAGUGUAAAAAGCUGUAAAUGUAGGAGAGAGACAGAGAGUUAGAUCUGAUUGGACGUAAGUCGUGGAGAAUGACAAGAAUGAAAUGUGAA